AUGCUACAAUCUGUAUCGAAACAUCUGAUGACUGAGCAUGGUGUUGCGGACACGUUGAGCAGCGAGCAGCGAAAGAUCUCGUCACUGAGCUCAUCUGCUGCUUCAGGAGGAGGUGGUGGUGCAGCUGCAGCUCAGAGUGCUACUGCUGCUGCUGCAUCUACGGCUGCUGCUGCUGCUGCAUCAACAGAACAGCAACAGCAGCAGCAGUCAUCAGCAUUCCUUCGUGAAGCACUUCUAUUGACACCCACGUGGACGACUGCUGCGGCUGCGUUUGGUAUACCCAAAUCAUUAACAGGUUCGAUUCGAUUCGAUUCGAUCCGAUCCGAUUCAGAUCGGAUUAGCAGUUCACAUUGUGUUGUGCUUGAUUAUUCAUUCGGUUCAUUGCUCUUGGAUCAGUGCUUUGUGCUGAUUAUUGCAUUGCAUUGUAUUGGAUUGGAUUGGAUUAACAGCGGUAAUUCGCAGCUACAUUGCUGUGCGUGCGCUGUUGCAGAAAAGAAGCGGAGCAGCGAAAUGAAAUUAGUAAAUAAAUGA